AAUCCAUCCAAAACCCCAAACAACAUUGUGCAUCCAAAUCUACAAACAAGCAAGGAAUCAAAACACAGAGAGACAGAGCUAGCAACAAAAACAAUGGCAUAUGUAGAUCAUGCGUUUUCGAUUUCAGACGAGGAUAUCAUGAUUGGAACGUCGUACACUGUCAACAACAAACCCCCCAUCAAAGAGAUCGCUCUCGCUGUUUCCCUUCUUGUUUUCGGUUUCCUCGCUAUCAUCAUCGGUUCCAUCAUGGCUUACAACCAUGUCGGCGGUGACACUGCUCACGGGCUAUUCUUUGCAAUACUUGGAAUGAUAUUGUUCAUACCGGGUUUCUACUACACAAGGAUUGCAUACUAUGCUUACAAAGGCUACAAAGGAUUCUCUUUCUCUAACAUACCUCCAGUGUAGCUGUGAUAAUUUAAGUUCAGUUUCACAUCUUCCUUAUGUAUAUAUCUUCCAUGCUUCUACUUCAUUUCCUUUCUUUCUUUCUUGUAUUUUUUUUCUUGCAUGACAUAUAAUGAGUGUUUAGAUUUACAUUGUAAUUUGUGAUUGAUCUUAGUAUAUACUACUACUUUUAACUUUA